AUGUUCCCGCGACCGCUCGCUCCGGCGAGGCAGCAUUUAAUUGCAGCUGCGACUUCUCAACUCCGAAGGCGACAAAAUGUUUCCAGGGCCUGUAUCAGAUGCCAGCAAAAGAAAAUCAAAUGUUUUGGCGGCAUCCCUUGCCAACGAUGUCUCGAAACCAGCACCCCAUGCGUGGUCGACGAAGACAGCGACGAACGCCGAAAAAUCCUUCUGAAACGCCGGAUAAGCUAUCUCGAAAAGGAUCGAGAGCUCCUUAUUCAACUGGUGGACACUCUUCGCGAUGAAGACCGGCUUCACAUCUCCGACACUAUGAACCUUAUCCGCAGCAACGCCUCCAUUGACGACCUUCGGUCGUUCGUGACCGACCAAGUCGAGCCCCAAGGCUCGAAAGAAAGUUCAUAUUCAGUGGUAAAGCCGGAGGCCGAUGGCGAAGACGCACUGUUUCCUACACCCAGCGCUCGUCAACACUUGUUGAAUAUCCAGCGAUUAACGGAUAUCCCAGUCCACCGUGUCCCUGCUCGGCCGUGGACUUCAGUCACAGAUGAUAACGAUUUUGUGUCCCACUUGAUUUCCUUAUAUUUCUCGUGGGAACACCAGACGUGGUUCUCGAACUGGCCCGAGGCAAUGGCAACACAAGACGAUCCUACUUCCAAAGGUCUGCACUUCUAUCACGAGGCCAGUGAUCUUCUCGUCCUGCAAGAAGGUAGAGUUAGUUUGACUAGCGUCCAAGGCCUCGGGGCAUUGUACACAAGGUAUCUUCGGACAUAG